AUGGGUUUUAAAGAAAUUCUUCAAUUUUUUAUUCUCAGUUCUACUGUCUCAUUUUGUGCAUUUUCACCGAUUAUUGUACCAUCCUUGUACAUUGAUCGCCACACUGAUUCACAUGGUGGUCGAUGGUGUGAUUGGCUCCGUCAAUGUUCGAUUUGGACAUACUGGGCACAAUAUUUUCCUCUCACAUUGAUUAAAAGCACUGAUCUCGAUCCGAAUCGAAACUAUAUUUUCGGUUAUCAUCCGCAUGGUGUAGCGGCUUUUGGAGCACUGGGAAAUUUCGGCACAGAAGCAACAAAUUUCUCUAGUUUAUUUCCAGAUAUUCGUCCACAUUUGAUGCUUCUUCGAAUACAAUUUUUCAACCCAUUUACACGCGAUCUUUUGCUUGGACUGGGUGCAUGUUGUGUAUCGCGCAAUAGUUGUGAGUAUCUAUUGAGUGGUAAGUGUGGUCAAGGAAAUGCAUUGGUCAUUAUUAUUGGUGGUCGACGUGAAGUAAAAGUGACACAAAAGAAUACGAUGAUACUUUAUUUGAAGUCAAGAAAGGGGUUCAUUCGGCUAGCAUUAUUAUAUGGAGCUUCCAUUGUACCUGUUAUAUCGUUUGGAGAAAAUGAAUUGUAUGAACGGCGUACUUUUUUUCGGUUGAUACCAAACGGUAUUCCUUGGGGCCAGCUAUUUAUGGGACAUAUACCACUUCGACGUCGAGUCAUCACUGUCGUUGGUAAGCCGAUUCAUGUCGUUCAGACGGAUCAUCCGACUUUCAGUGAUAUUGACCAACUUCAUAAUGAUUAUGUUCAAGCAGUCGAGCAAUUAUUUCUCGAUAACAAGAAAAAAUACGGCUUGGGACAUGUAAAACUCGAAAUUAUUUGA